AUGUCGUACACCGAUGAGGCCCUCAAAGCGAAGCUCUCGACCCUCAACGAGACGCAAGAUAGUAUUGUCUCGGUUUCGCAAUGGAUUAUGUUUCAUAAGAGACAUGCAGACCGCAUCGCAAACUACUGGCUCACCCGUCUCCGCGAUUCACCGCCGGCGAAACGACUCAACUUCAUCUACUUGGUCAACGAUAUUGUCCAAAAUGCGCGGGCGCGAAAGCGGACUGAAUUUCCCGACGCGUUUUCCCCUUUAAUGGCUGAGGCCAUCCAGACCGCCUACCGCUCCUCGCCAGCCGAGAUCCAGGGCAAGAUCCGGCGAGUCGUCGAAGUGUGGCGAACACGAAACGUCUUUGAGGUCCCGAUUUUAGAUGCUAUUGACGCACGAGUCGACGAAAUCGACAAAUCGAAGGGAUCCGGGGGAAAGAAGACCCUCCUGGGCAAUUCCCUCUUCGGCUCGACUUCGUCCUCAGGCGCCAUGCCGAAGGAGUUAGAGACUCUCGCGCCGUUACAGAUCGCUGUGACCAAGGAGACUAUCUCCGCGCGACCCGCCAUCGAUAACGCCCAGAACGAGUAUACCAAACUCAACGAUCCGGAAGUGGUGUCACCCAGCCCACCCGUCCAUGCUGCGCAACUGUCAAGCCUAAUCAAGUCCCUUGCGGCAGCUGAAUCAUCCGUAUCAGCCAGUAUCAAGGCUAGAAAGGCCCUGAUUGCAGACCUGGAGCGGAUCCUGGAAAUUAACAAGGCGGCGUUGGCGAAGGAUGAGGACACGUACCUGACGCUAGAGAGUCGCAAGUCGAGCACCGAGGCAAAGAAGAGAGAAGUCGAGGAUGCCAUUCUUCGUGGACUAUCUUCCGCCGAGGCAGCAUCAUCGUCCGAGCAUGGCACCAAUACAGGGGGCGCUUCGAACGGCAACGGCGCCAUAGACCGCGAAAUUGAUGGACACAACGUCGGUGGCGACAUUUCAGCGAGCCACUUCCUCUCCGAACGUCCUGAGAUCGAAGAACUUACCGACGACGAGGGCGACUUUGUGACUGGGGGCAUGUUCGAUCGACCUUCGGCUGAUAACGCACAAUGGGAUCAACCUGUUCCUGCCUCGGCCUCUCCGGACCAGGCAAACUUUCGACCCAACAAUCCCGCCAUUGCUGCUGCUCUAGCGGAUUUCGCCGGCGUUGGCUCGACGCCGACGCCCGACUAUUCGGCAUUUCUACCUGGCAACACCUCCAGUGUGAGUGGCCACGCAAGCGCGCCGUUACUGCCGCGAGUCCGCUCUGCAAGUGGCGGCCAGGGCGUCAAUGGCUUUGGGGCAAAGAGACGCAAAAUAUCCCACAGUGGGGACGAGCAGGUUCCUGACCUGGGUGAGAUGGGCAUGGAAGAGUUCGGUCUGCCACACGGCCAGGACCAAAGUAUGGGUGCUUUUGGUGGGGUAGGACAACAGACAAAUGCUCAAGGCGAUGAUCUCUUGAGGAAUCUGGAUGAGGACGUGGACGAACUGCUGAGGCAGGAGGCUGCUCGGGGUCAGAGCAGAUUGCCAGGGCUUUAG